UAUUACUGACAGGGUAGGUGGGUGUAAAUAAAUGAUCCUGGACCCGGAAUCAGGACCCCUAGACCCGGAUGAAGGAAGUCCAGCCCGGUCUGUCCAGUCUGGGGUGUUGUGCAAUAGGCCCAUCCUGAGCCAUAAUCGUGCUAAACCCGGUUCGUUUUUCGUGGCUGUGAACGGGAUGCGGCAUUUUUUGAGAGUCCGAACAUGCACCGUUCUGGAUCUGGUUCUGAUCCUGGUUCUGGUUCUGGUCCUCACAGCAGAUGAAGCGUCGGCUCAGAGGUCCGUCCAUGUUUCUGAAGGAGCCGACGCCGUCCUGCCCUGUACUUACCCCGGCGGACCUCCACCGUCUGAUGUGUCCAUUUACUGGAAAGACAAACAUGACAACCAGGUGCUGACCAUCCAAAACGACAAGAUGGACCCGCGAAAUCAGAGUCCAGGCUACCGGAACCGAACCCAGUCCUUCCCACACCAAUACAAGGAUGGGAACUUUUCGUUAGUCCUGAUGAAGGUGGAUGGGUCGGACGCCGGUCUGUUCGAGUGUCACAUCAUACCUGAGGGGUUUCAGCAGAACGUCAGACUCAACGUGACCAGUAAACGUGGAUCUCCUGAAUCCGGAUCCUCUGUCUGGACCUGGAGUGGGGUCAUCUGGACCGUCAGGCGGCAGCUCGGUGGCGUCUCCACACCUCCUCCUCCACCUCCCACUGCUGCUGUUGCUGUGUUUGUAACUGAACAGCAGAACCACCCAGUGUGGAAACUUAGAACUGAACCACCGCGAAAACAACCAGUUCAGAUUCAGUUCAACCAAUUAGAAAACACUUUAGGAGUCCCGCCCACAGUAGAGAAGGAACCACUGCUGCUCUUCCAUUUCCACAUUUAUCUGUAGAAAAACUUCAGGCACUGAGCUGGAAACACAAUGACGACCCAGACUCCAACACCACCUCGACUACACUUCCAAUUCACAGCGGCGUUGACGUGUUCAGAUUUGUGUUGUUUAUUUAUUGCAUCGGUGCCGAACAGGUGUAAGACAGAACUGACUUUUUUACUGUCAUUCCAGGUUUGUUUUUGUCGACUCCAGUGGCGGAUGUCGGCGUCCGCGCCGUGGUUUCAUGGUUCAGACCCGUUCACACACUACAAUGUCUCCGGUAUUUGAAGUAUUUGUUUUUUUUUUCAUUUGAUGUAAAUUUGUCUCUAUUUAUUUUUUUAUUUAUUUUUCUGAAUUGAUCUGUUCUGCUGUCGCACUGUUUUUACGUCUUCAUCCAGAUCUACAUGACUUUACAGAAUUUCCUCAGAUUUUCAGUGCAUUUUUUUUACAGUUGAUUAUUUUCAGUGUUUCUGUCUUUUUUGUCCACCUAAUACAACACUCGAUUUUUAUUUUUUAAAAUUUUUUAUUUAUUUAUUUUUUUUACGUCUUUCCCGUCAUGUUUUGUUGUUAUUUUCAUCGCCAUCUACUCAAAAAAACAACAAUAACCUCACAGUGGUCUGGUUGAACUGUUACACCACGUACUUGACCGAACAACCUGGAAUAUUAGUUUGAGGUUUUUUCGUCUACGUUGACCGAUAACAACACGUCACUACUUUCAUCUCACAUCAGUGCCAGUCAUCUGUUCAUGUUUCAUUCAGUUAUUGAAACAUGGGCGUGGACAUGGACUGAAACUAAAAUGGCACCUUAUUGUUCAUUAACGUACAAACGACUGAAAACACUAAAACCACGACUGUGACUGAUGAUCCAAACACUAACACUAACGCUGUGCUGCAGAACAACUCUGUAUGUCAAACAGUUCAGAAGGAACAUGAAGAUUAUUUUGGUCCUAAUUUAUUUUGUAAACUCUUUAAACGAGGUUCAGUAAAAGAAUUCAAUGUUAAAAUGUUUUGUUUAGCACUAAUAAGUGCAUGUUACUGUAAGCAUGCAAUGCUCAGGAUAAUAAGGGUUUUGAAGGGUAUUUGGAUUUAAAAUAUUUAAUGUUUCCAUGUUUGAACUCCCCCUGAAACAACUGCGUUUUUACAGGUGGUAGCUGGCUAACAUUAACUACUGUUAGCUCCCUAGCUAAUGUUAGCUGAUUUGGUUGUUUGAAUAUAUCUUGUCUAAUCUGCGAAAGAAAACCUCAGAUUUAUGUUUGCACAAAAAAAAAUUGUAUAAUUUGCUUAUAAUGAUUGAAUUCAGCAGAAACAGAGUUGGCUAAAAUCAAAAAAGGAUAGGCUUUCUGCACCAAACAUGGCUUGUCCAGCAGAAAAAAUAUAACCUCACUAGCUCAUGUUGACAGAUAUCAGUCAUUCUGAUAAAAAAAAAAAAAGACCAAAAACGUAAUCCUCUGAAACAGUGGCAGUCUUACACGUUAGCCGCUGUUAGCUUGCUGACUAACAUUAGCUACUAUUCGAUCAUUAACUAAUAUCUGCACUUAGCUCGAAAUUGUUUUUAACUACUGUUAGGACACCAGUUGUUUGAUCUUAUGUUAAUCUGCAGAAGGAAAAGUUAUUGUAUAAUCUGUUUGUAAUGACUGAAUUCAAAGGAACGGCGUUGUCAAAGUUAAAAAAUGGAUACGCUUUCUGCAUAAAACAGAUUUACAUAAUGACGCUAAACAGAAAAUAAAGCUAGCUUGUUCAGUAGAAAAGCAUAGAGUUUAACUAGUAUUACCUCAUUAGCUAAUGUUUACUGUUCUGAUUAAGUAUUUUAAGUUCAAACUAUUUAUAAAAAUAAUCCUGUUUUUCAAAAUUAGCAAAGCUGAAGGUGUUGUAGGAAACUGUCCUUAUAAACAGAUAAACAGAGUUAGUUAGCAUCAACAAGUAACUAGCUCCAAGCACGAAACAGACUCUGACAUUGAAACUAAAAAUAAAAAUAUCUCAUAAAAUUGAAAAAACAGUGGAAUUAAUAGCGCUAGCUGCUAGGUCAUAUCAGCGCUGUUAGUGACUGUAACUUAAUGUAGUGUUUAUUUUCUUUAAAUCCCAGAAAUCUGUAAAUGAUUUAAGAACGUGCCUUAGUCUGUAGUUUAAGAUUUUCUAAUGUCACAGACAGGAUGUACAUCAAUAAAUCCAAAUGCAUCCCUGUCUGGUAGAAAGCUCAGGACAAAUGAAGCUGGUUAUUCAAUAAUCAAUACUGCAGUACCCCUCCCCC